CUCCGGCUCCGACAGAGUCCCGGAGAGUCCCGGAUACCUGAAGGAUGACGCGCUGACGGACCGAUGGCGGCUCGGCCGACGUGCGAGCGGAACCAGCGGGCUGGAGACGCUGCUCGGUUCGGGGUGGCUCAAAAGUGACCGAGCGGGCAGCCGGUUCAGUGAGAGAGAGCGGAGUUGAGCGCUUUGGACCAGCAGGACUCUACUUUCUCCAUUCAUCCAUCCAUCAUCAGCUCCUCUUCAUCCGCGAUGAAGACGCCAUCGAGCCCUUCUCUGCUUCUGGAGAGCGGGCAGAUCUUUGCCUUUAGAGGGUUGGGUCAGGAGCUAAUGGACACACCCACACCUACAACCCUGCCUCUCCCCGUCCAGCAGGCUCCAUCCCCAGCCCAGGGCGGGACAUACUCGUUGUGUGAGGUGUGUAACCUGCAGCUGACCUCCACUGCUCAGGCCCAGCUGCACUACAACGGCAGGUCUCACCUCCGGAGGGUGAAGCAGCUCCAGGCGGGGCAGACAUGGCAACAGGCAGCAGCUGGAGCUCAGACCAGGUCGCUUCCUCCAGCCGCAGAGUUUAACUGCCAGCCUGCAGGACUGACUCAGACUGCCGGACUGAAUCGAGCCCUCAGUGCUUCCAGCACGACUGCAGGAAGUGGGAGCGGUGGAGUGGGCGGGGCGUUGCCGGGUCUAAUUGGCGCCACCGGUCCCUCGGUGAUGAUGAAACCAUUCCUGCCGUUUCCCAUGGAGACGACGUCGCCAGUCGGACUCUUCCCAAACUUCAACACGAUGGAUCCGGUGCAGAAGGCUGUCAUCAAUCACACCUUUGGUGUCACCAUGGUGCCCAAGAAGAAACAGGUCAUCUCUUGCAGCGUUUGCCAACUGAGGUUCAACUCUGACUCGCAGGCGGAAGCUCAUUAUAGAGGCAGCCGUCAUGCCAAGAAGCUGAAGUCUCAGGAGAACAAGGCCAAAGCCAAGCUGUCAGUCACACCGGAGACCAACGGGAACAGCUGCGGUCCUGCUGGUCCGGCCCAUCCGCUCCCUGCUAACAGCGGCAACGGUCAGGGCACAGAACUGUUCUCCAUCCCCCCAGACGCCCUGUCCUCCGUUAAGCCGUGCCUCCCGUCCUCCACCUCCCCUCUUUCCUCGUCUCCCUCCGUCAGCAGAGCUGGCAGUGAGCCUCCGUCGUCCAGCCCGCCCUCCGCCCUUCCGGCCCCCGGCCUCUCUUCGUCUUCCUCAUCCUCCUCCUCCUCUUCAAGUUCUUGCCCCCCAUCUUCGGUCGCCCCGCAGACCACCUCCUCAUCCUCCCAGGAUGCUCCUCACUCGGUGGAGUCCGAGGAGGAGAAGGCGAAGAAGCUCCUGUACUGCUCUCUGUGUAAAGUGGCCGUCAACUCUCUGUCUCAGCUGGAGGCUCAUAAUGCAGGUUCAAAGCACAAAACGAUGCUGGAGGCGCGCAGCGGCGCGGGGCCGAUCAAAGCUUACCCCCGACCAGGGGCCAAACUGAAGAACGGCAGCAGCUCGGCCCUGAAGGGCUCUGGCCUGCAGAACAAAACCUUCCACUGCCAGAUCUGUGACGUCCACGUCAACUCUGAGAUCCAACUCAAACAGCACAUCUCCAGCAGAAGACACAAGGACAGGGUGGCAGGAAAACCCAGCAAGCCAAAGUACAGCCCUUACAACAAGCAGCAGCGCGACUCGCUCACUAAGGAGCUGGCGAAGCCUUCUCUACCUCCUUCCUUCCUUUCCUCUCCUUUCACUUCCACGUCCUCUCCCCUCCCUCCCUCCAUUUCUCUCCCUCCUGCCUCCAUCUCCUCCUCCCCCCUCCUCUCGCACGCCUCCUCACCCCUGACCCCCGCCAUCUCCCUCCACCCUCGCCCUCCGUCGUCCUCGUCCCUCUUCACCGCCUCCUUCCUGCGUCCCGCUCCGGACCCAUCCGAACCAACCAAGGAUCGAUUCUCUUCGCGCCCUACUGAUGUCCGAGGGAGCGGCGGGGAGUCGAGCCCACAACCUUUGACCCCUAGCCCGCUGUGCGCUGGAGCUCCAGCUGUUGCUGCAGCUUUCUUACUUGACUGAUUCUUCCUACAGAGACAUGAAGAGGAUGGAGACGUCGUGCUUUCUUAUCAAAGACGCUCUGGUUCCAUCCAGCACCUCCAGACAUGGAGGGCAGAGGGCACCGUUGCGUUCACUGACCCACUGAAGUUGACCUGAACAGAACCAGUGGCUAGCAAAGCUCCCAGACGUACUGGAAAUCAGGAUAAAUGUAUGCAGUUGUGGAAUAUUCAUGAAGAUCCAUUCAGCAUCGUAUAGAAAGCAAUAAGAGUUACAGGAGAUGGGUUCAAGACUGGAAAAAAACCCAAAAAGGCUGCAGCUCAUAUCUUAAAUCAUUGUGGUGUUCCACAUCCGGUGCCCAUUUAACAAAAAUAUUAAACAUUUUUAUUUUGUUUUUACUGGGUUAGACUUUUUGAAAAGCUUUAUUUUUUUCCCCUCAAUCAUUUGAUGCAUCAAUACGAAGGAUUCCAACUAGUUUCUGCAACUUGAGGGAUUGCUUUUGUUUUGGUGACAAAUAUUGGAGGCACAUAGUUGGAUUGCUAAAUGUGGAUCCUCUUUCCUUUUCUUCUUUACCAUUUGAUUUAAAACAUCUACCUCGAUGAAAGACCUACAAAACAUAUUUGUUUUUGUGAAGUUGUCCUUAAAAGGAAAAUAGAAAUUUGUCAGUGACAAACAAGAAAAACCAAAAUGAGCAGAAAUCGGUACUGGCCGGGAGAAGAGUGAUCGGUGCAGCUCUAGAUUGAAUCCAAAUGUCAGAAGAGGGGUGAAAACAUUGCAUUGGUUGUUUAGCAGGCUGAUAAUCUGCCUCUUCUUACACGGUAAAAAAGAAGAGGACGUAGGAACUGUCCUUCCUCCCACUGUAGAAGCAAACCAGCAUUAACAAGAUGUCACAAAACAAAAAACACAAAAAUAAGACGACUGCUGUCUUCUCAUGCCUCAGAUGUGGCUUCAUAUAUAAAUAUACAAAUACCGAGGAAUUAUUUCUUUUUUUCUUAACUUUAAGUAAAACAACCAAAUAUGGGAUCCCCCAGCCUAACCGAGCAGAUGUCAGUCACAUAUUAAAACAGUUUCAGUACAUUAAUUUGUUUUAUCUCAUUCAGAUAUUUCUUUUCAUGCACACUCCUACUGGUUGUCAUAGAGACUACACUGAAUCAAGAGCAAUGUGGGCUUUGACUAGACCCCGAAUUUACCAUUUCUCAAUUCUCAGUUGGUUGAUUCUGGAUUUAAAUCUAAAACUAAAGUAUUAGUUUUUUAUCAUAGUAAAAAUUGUAAUUUUUUAAAUCAAAAGCCCCACAAGAGACUUGUAUCUCUAAAGUUAAACUAUUAAUUAUUAGCUCUCAAACCAUAUUGACUGGAAAUGUUCUAAUUUAUAAUACCUGGAAAUGUGAAUGUGUCUUCUCAAUAUGUAUUUAUGCAGAAAUUCUUUUUUCAAUCAGAGAAAAUCAGUUCCUAUUGGUUUAAAUAUCAAACUGUCUUCUUACUUCAUCAUUACAUUGUUUUAAAUCUUUCAUAAAACCUAAGCAAGAGACAAAAAAGACUUUUUCUUUUGCCUUCAUGUUGUUGAAAAUGUCCAUUGUUUCAGAAAAUCUAGUUGAACUAAAAUUUAUAGAAACGGAUAAAAAUAAUGCAUCAGUAACCAUCCUUCUUCUUCUUUGUCCUGAAAAGCUUUGUUGUCAAAGAGGUGCACUUAACCAACAUACAGAGGAAAUGCAUCUAUUUGUCUUCUUUCUGAACUAACUUCAGAUUAUCUGAGCAGAAGGUAGACAUGAACCAGUGGGAAUGUUUUUGAGGGGUUUUUUCUGCGGUUUCAAAUCCUUCACCAUGUUUCUUCCUCCUGAACGACUUGAAGCAUCCCCGUCUUCCAGUGUUGACCUGACGGGUAGAAAGACUUGUGUGUGUGUGUGUGUGUGUGUGUGUGUGUGUGUGUGUGUGUGUGUGUGUGUGUGUGUGGGUGUGGGUGUGUGUGUGUGUGUGUGCGUACUUGCGUGCGUGUGUGUGUGAGUUUAUCUAUGCACCCUGUGUGACUCUCAUCCAUAUGAUGGGUGAUAGGUAUUUGUGAAUCUAAAUAGAAGGACAAACAGACAACGCAAGUGAAUUUUAUGAAAGCUUUUGC